AUGAAAUCAGUAACACUUUCUUCAGCUGAUGACAAGAACCUCGUGCGGGCGGCAGUGCCUACUUCGAAAAUUUUCACUGCUGGAGUAGCACGUCUUCAUGUCGCUAGUCCAGACCCCUCCAAAUGGACAUACUCUCAGGUAUGGGGAGCUGCUGUCUUUUGUAUCGACAAGGCAAAGAACAAUUCCUUCUUUAUUCGACUAGUAGAUAUUCAAAAUGGUUCAGGUGUUAUUUGGGAGCAAGAGCUUUAUGAAGGAUUCAAGUAUGUGAAAGAUGCAAGCUACUUUCAUUCAUUCGAAACAGACGAUUGUUUAACAGCCUUGGAAUUCGUGGAUGAAGGAGAGGCAGAUGUAUUUUACAAAAAAGUUCAAGGGAGAGAUUCACUUACUGCCAAGGCCACGAUUGCUUCGACCGCCUCCUCUACUUUUGGACACAGGAAAACGCCAAGCUUAUCCAAUACUCUCAAUAAGCGAAGAAGCAAAAUCGACAAGAACCACAUUGGCAUGCCAGCAGACUUUAGACAUGUUGGACACAUUGGCUAUACACCAGGAAAGGGAUUCAGCGUACAAAACAACGACUCUGAGUGGAAUGGCAUUUUCGAGCAAUUGAAAGAGUUGGGUAUCUCUGCAGAUGAAAUCAAUGACAAUCAAGAAUUUAUCCAGGAUUUCUUGCAGCAAAAUGGCACGGCGCUUCCCUCUUCUCCACCUCCACAGCAGCAGGCGCCUACCGUUGCCACAGCGCCACCACCUAUUCAGACAUCGAGAAAGAAGGCGCCUCCCCCACCUCCACCUCCAGGCCGUCAUCAUGCACCACCACCUCCACCUCCUCCAAGACGAUCCAACAACAACCAUAGCUCGCCUCCACCUCCACCUCCUCCUGCUAGACAUCCAGGCCCUCCUGUACCUAAUCGUGGUAGGCCAGUGCCUGCUCCACCACCAAUUCCCUCCAUGGGCAAUGGAUCUCCUGCUCCUCCCGCACCUCCUCCACCUCCUCCAAUGGGCAGUGUGCCUCCUCCUCCCCCUCCUCCUCCAAUGUCGAAUGGCGGUGGAGCACCAGCAGCCCCUCCUCCUCCUCCUAUGGGCGUUCCUCCCGCUGCUGCUGCUGGUGGCGAUGGCAGAUCCAAUUUGAUGGCUUCUAUUCGUGCUGCUGGUGGCUUUGGUACAUUGAAAUCAUCGGGUAAACUUCGUGAAGCUGAAACUUCGGCACCACCUACGCCUUCCGUGGCUAACCAAGCAGCUGGAGCUGCUACUGGAGCUGCAGCGGGAGCAGCAGGAGGCAGUUUGGCUUCCAGUUUAGCGGAUGUUUUGAAACAACGUCAACAGGCUAUGCAAAGUGAUGAUGAAGACGACGAUGAUGAUGAGUGGGAGUAG